AUGAAGUUUGGACAAUAAUUUGAGUUUCACAAAAUACCCGAAUGGUAUUCAGAAUACUUAAACUACUAAAAACUGAAAGAAUUAGCUAAAGGUUUUGAUCAUCAAGUAAAAGAUGGUAGAUUACAAAGGUUGAAAGGAAUUUAUUAUCUGACAUCCAAAAAUUGCGUGAUUCCUAUGGACAUAUUUACUCAAGUUUCUAAAAAGUAUAGUGGGAGAAGAGCACAAACCUAUCAUGAUCUUGAGAAUUAAGACACUGAUAGUCUUUAAUCUAAUGGAAAUGCGGAAAAUAUGCAUAAUUCUCUCUAAUGCAAAGCAGAUUUAGCUGGAGCAGACCUUGCUGAGCACUAGUUCAUUCAGAGAGAAAUUCAAUUUAACAUAGAACAUGAAGGACAUAAGAGAAGAAAGCAUUCGUCUUAUAAAAAUAGAACAUUCGUAGAUUCAAUCAUCAAUAUAAGCAAUAUAGAACUAGAUAUUAAGGAGGAAAAGUAAAGCUUUAUCAAUCUAAUGAAAGAAAAUUCGGGCAAAUCUCCAAAUCUGAAAAAAUAUGAUAUGGAAUCUCCUUUACUUAAUGUGACUGAUAACUCGAUCAGGUAGGAGCCAACAGCAUUGACAAUAGAUAUUCCAUAAAUAGACAAAAAAUAGAUUUAAUAUCUAAGAAUUAAUCAAGAUGAUGAUAACCCACAAAUGCAAAUUGAAUCAGAGGAUUUGAUGAAGGAUUGGGUAAAUAUACUUAUUACUGAGAUUGGCAGAAUCGAAACAUUUUAUACAAGAAUGUGUGAAGAAUACAGGAAUGAGUUCAAUAUUCUCAAUAGAAGAUUUCAUUCAAAAUUUAGUCCUAAUAGUCCGCUUUUAGGUGGCCCUGAUGGUAGGACAAGCAUGAAUGGAAUAAAUGACAGAUAUGAUUAGUAGUCAUUCGACGAUAGCAAGGUAUAUUAGAAAAGGAAUGAAUCAAACUAAUAUAAUUAAAGUGAAACAAGAGGUAAAAGGCACAUUGUUUAAGAUGAAAAUUAUCUUCAUGUUAACCCAAAAAGCUCUUUUCUUAAUGAUCAUAAUAAGGCUGGUGGUGAAGAAGAAAUAAGCUAAAAUCAACCUAAGCUAGAGCAUAAAAACUCUUAUUAAAAGCCAUAAAGUGGAGUGAACACUCCCAUUCUUGAAAGAAGAUUGAGAAAAUCGUAUACAGUUGAUGCACAAAAGCUACACAAAGUUAAAGAUGAACUUGAAUACGCAACUAAUUGGAGGAGAGCAUUCAGUAAAAUUUAUGUUCAUGUUAAAUGGCUUAACGCUUAUGCUAAAAUUAACUAUAUUGCAUGCUUGAAAUUAAUUUCAAAAUUAAUGAAACAAUAUUUCCUAUUAAAGGAUAAUAUUAUUGAUAAAAAACUCACGUUACUUCUCAAUAAGCAACAAUUUGCAAAGAAAAGGCUAGCAGCAUAGCUUAAUAGAGACAUCAUUUCAGGGUAUGCUGAUAAUUUUAUGCAUGGGAAAAUUGAAAAAGCUAUUAAAGUCCUUGAUUCUCAUCAUCAUUAAAUGAGAAAGAAAGAUGAGUAUGCUUUUUAAUCAAUUAAAAUUUUCUAGGUUACUCUGAUACUAUUCACAAUUUUGACAUUCUUUUUUAUGGGCCAAAUAUUCAUUAUUAAGUUGGAUUACUUAUUUGAUCCUAGCGCUGCUUUUAGUUUAGCAGUGAUACUAAUAUUCAUCUUGAUUUGUUUUCAACCAUUUCAUUUUUUCUAUUAACGGGCGAGAUUUGAGUUGCUAAUUGUUUUGAUUAAUAUAUUCAUUUCACCAUUCGGAGUCGUACGGUUUAAGCAUUUCUUCCUCGCAGACAUCCUUACUAGUUUUGUCAACCCAUUUAAAGAUCUUGGCUCUAUUGGCUGUUUUUAUUUUAAGGGACUCUGGGAAAAUUCUGAAUACCCUGAUUCUCAAGAAUGUCCAGAUCUCCAAAAUUAUACCUUGAUAAUAGCCUUUCUUCCAUAUUGGUUUAGAUUCGCAUAAUCUACUCUUGGGAUCUUUACAUGGAUUGGGGGUUAUUAAGAUCACGAGAAAAAGGAAAGCAAUUUUUAAGAUCCAAGCUCCUCUAUCCAUCUUGGUUUUACUACUAUGCAAUAGUAUCCAACUUUAUCAUGCGCUUUUUCUGGAUAAUAUCUCUAAUUAAAUACGAUUAAUGGGUUAAUGAUGCUUAGAUAAUCGUACUGGUCAUGUCCAUAGUUGAGGGUUUCAGAAGAGCAUAGUGGAGCUUAAUAAGAAUUGAAAAUGAAAAUGUAAAUAACUUCGAAAGGUAUAGAAAUAUUCUCUAGAUCCCUGCAUUCAAGGAUGAAGAUGAAAUCGAGACUGAUGAUGACUCAGGGAAAAAAUGAUUAUGUAUUAAACUUAUCAAUCAUCGAAUUUAAUAAACUAAAAUUCUUGUUAAUUCUAAAUCCUUAUUAUUAUAUAUAUUAAAUAUCAAAGAUGGGCAAGCAAAUCUUUAAGAAGGGUGGAAAAACUGCAAAGAAAAUCAAUUUGAAGUUCUAGAUCAACUGCAAGCUUCCAAUUGAGGACAACGUUAUUGUCUUGAACGACUUCGAAAACUUCCUCAAGCAAAGAAUCAAGGUAGAAGGCAAGCCAGGCAACUUAGGAAGCGCAGUGAGUGUUACCAAGGAUUCCUCAAACAUCAUCCUCUAAUCCACCGUCCCCUUCAGCAAGAGAUAUCUCAAGUACUUAACAAAGAAGUACCUCAAGAAGCAAGACUUAAAGGAAUAUCUUAGAGUUGUUGCCACUAACAAAAACCAAUACGAACUCAGAUAUUUCAACAUCCAAAGUGAUGAAGCCGCUGAAUGA